GGCUGAGGCCCAUUGUUUUUAUUCAUACUUGAUGCAGACUUCUCGGUCAUGCAUGAACAAAAACCCCAAAAAAAUAAAAUAAAAUAAAAUAAAAAGAAUAAAAUUGUAUAAAAUCACGCGGCAGAGAGCAACAGAAGAUCUGUGGAGAAGAAGAAGAAGAAGAAGAAGAAAGGUGAGCAAGAAAGAUGAUGUCCGGCAACUACACGAGCAUUGAUAACCAGAAGGUUUCUGGAUCUGUUCCUGCUGCUACGGAUCCAGGUCAUGUUGCCGUCAAAUUCCAAGAUUCAAACCUUCAGACAUUUCCUCCAUCUGAAGCCCAAGGGAAGAUCUCUGGUGUUUCGCGUCCUCCUCGUGAUGCUGAUGAUACAUUUUCAAAAUCUUCAUCUGGCACUGAUGAAUCCCAGCAAAGUGGUUGGUUUCAGAGUUUUACUAUAGCUGCUUAUAAGCCAUUCUUUGAUGUUGACACUUCAGAUGUUAUAGAGAGGAUUAAAGACUCUCUUUUUCCAUUUACCGGAAAUUUCAAUGAGAAAACAGCAAACAGCCCUGAUUUGUAUGGACCGUUCUGGAUAUGCACAACACUUAUUUUUGUUGCGGCUUCCAUUGGCACAUUUGUGACAUAUAUAGCGCACAAACUGAAGAACAAAGAUUGGGACUAUGACAUAAAUCUGGUGACAUGGUCUGCUGGUCUGUUCUAUGGAUAUGUUACCAUUGUUCCUCUUGGACUCUAUGUAAUUCUCAAAUAUUUCUCAGCACCAUCAGGUCUUGUUCAGCUACUAUGUCUUUAUGGCUACUCCCUAUUUGUCUUCAUUCCUGCAUUGUGUCUCUCUAUCAUUCCCUACGAAAUUUUCAGAUGGGUUAUAGCAGGUGUGGCUGGGUUCAUGUCAGCAACCUUUGUGGCAAUUAACCUUAAAGCUCAUAUAAAGUCGGCAGGUGAAAGGUGGUUCUUGAUUGUGGCUGGGAUCUUCUUGUUGCAGUUGGCUUUGUCUGUCGUACUAAAACUCUAUUUGUUCACCGUAUCAGUGUAACAUUUGAGCUGUGCUUUCAUAGCCACAUGAAUAGUUUGUAGAUUACAAAAGAGAGCUUUUUGGUCGGCUGGCCUUUUAUCAUUACAAAUUGAAAGAAGAUAUAUCAUUCAUCUGCCCCUUGUAUUCAUUAAUUUUUGUGGCAAAUAUAAAAUUCAUACGACUUUAAUA